CAUGGUCAAGUCAUUGGUGUUGAGGAUGGCGAGGUGACAGUCGAGUCCGACGGUACCCAAAUCGUUGCUCAAGUCGACGCGAUCAAGGUGGUGGCGCCUGUGGUGGCUCUACUUCUGCAGCAUGUCGCGCUCGACACGAGCGAGUGGAGUUCUACGGACUUCGACAACAUGCAGGCGGCCAUACUAUCGAGGGUAUUGGGAGGAGGGAAUAACGAGGGAAGCCGGUCUAUCAGCUGUAUACUUAGUGGACUGAUCGACGAACAGAAUCAUCCCGAGCCGUCUGCAAUCUGCAAGUGGGUGGAUCCUCAUUCGGGAUCAGAGACACAAUUUCCUCUCCAACACGCGGUCGACUACGCCUUCUACAUCGACGGUGAAGCCGGUGGCGCGCCGGCGGCACUUGGCGAAUCGUUUUGCCGCGCACACGACGAAUAUGUGGUGUCCACCGGUACACAAGAGGUACAAUGCCAAUCUGCCAAUACCGAGUCAUGUGAACUUUUCAACCCCUUCAACGAUGAUGACGACGGUUUUCCAGAUGCAUCGGACCCGAACGCCAGACCGGUUCCAGCCACUGUGCAAGCAGCAGGAUCAAAACGCAGCCAAUCCCUCCAUGGUACCAGUGUGGAAGUUGCUGAGUCUCCACACCAAAGACGCCGUACCACAGAGGCCACUGAUUCUCUCCACAAGGAUGCCCUGAUUGUAGCGAGGCUAAGUCACGACUCCGAACUACUCGACCGUUUCCUGAACCUUCGUGAGCAGUCCAGGACUCAAGCGUCCAGUGCAUCAGCAGAUGAUGAAGAACAACAACCGCUACCACCAUUGGCGUCGCCGUGCAAGGCCAAGAGCACGACCAAGAAGUACAAGUAUGCGUUUUCGCCACUUCGAGAGCGCCAGGAAGUUCACGACAAGCUAACAUCGGAGCGCCACAGAGGUAAGGACCGUGAUACUUAUGUGCAUGGUCAGAUCCGAUCCGGUGCCCUGCUUUGCAAGUCUCUCCCCGGCGUGUUGACUCGCGCGUACGACUACCAGUUUGGCAGUGAAGGUCUCUCGAUAAUGCACUUCAGCUUUAUGGACAGAAAGAAACGUAUGGAGUGGAUAGACUCGGGCAGUGCCAAUUUCUCGAACUUUUCGGCGACAGCGGACGUCGAACCAGCUCCAGCAGCCACCAGCAUCAACGACGUUGUUGGUGCGGUGCGCGUU